AUGUCAAAAGACGUUGAGAAAAAAGUCGAAGAUAUUGGUUCGAUGUGUAUUAUUCUUCAUCGUGAACGAAGCUUUCACAAUGUUGAUAUUCGAAUAUUAAAAAGUGCUUUACAAAAGUAUGCUCGUCGGGCGAUGUUCGUUCCUAAGGGUGUCUGGUGUCUGAUUGAAUUAGAUCUUUUUUCUUAUCUUGAAAUAAAACCUGAUCUUUAUCCAAAUACUCGCUUAACACAAAAGCAAAUUCAACAAAACUCAGUACGCAUACGUUCAAAUAUGAUUAAUCGUCUUGUAGCAUUUAUGAGUGAAGAUGUAGGUCCAUGCAAUAGUCAAUUACCGAGUAAAAUAUAUGAUUUCUACUUACAAUGGAUUAAAUCUCGUCGAGACAUAUCAAGUCGAAAGAUACUGAUUCAAAUGUAUCAUUGUUUAGCUAAUGAAAAUAUAAAACGAAUUCGAUUAUUAAGUGAUCUUAAAACGGUUUAUAAUCUACCUGAGUGUCCGAAAGAGAGUGAUAAGUUACAUCCGAAAUUAUUAGAAAAAUUUCAAAUGAACGAAUUAAUAAAGAUUAUGUACGAAAAUGAAUCUCCAAGAAAAACGAAACAACAACUUUAUGAACUUAUUAUUGAACAUCUUUCAAUGAAAUCUGAGCUCGCCUUUGCUUAUCUCUCAGUUUUAUUUAAAAGAAAUGAUCAAUCAUUGAUUAAUCAACAUCUUUGGCCGUAUCUUUUACAAACAUCACCAUUUGCACAUAGUACUCGAGCUCUUGCUUUCUUUUAUAAAACUUUGAAACACAAAGAACAUUAUCUUUAUUUAUAUCAUGCGAUGGCAUUUGUUAUUUAUGAAGAUACUAUUCGAAAAAUAGAUCAACAAUCAAAUGAAACAUUGAAUAUUGAUAUUGAUCAAUUAUAUAAAGAUCAUUUAAAUGCAGAAACAAACAUAGAAUUAGAUUCAUUUGUGUUCGAUCGACAUACAGGUAUUGCAACAACAAGAAGUGAAUUUGCUCUUGAAGGUGCUCAAGUCGCCAAUGAAUGCAAAGAGUUAUUUAUAGAUAAAUAUAGACAAAUGUAUACUGAAUUUAAAGUUAUGAUGGAUAAUGAUGAACAAGAAAAAAAACAGAAAAAAGAAACAAAAUCAAGAAAAACAAAAAGAAAAACUGAAGAAUUACGUGAAGAAAAUAUAAUUAAAAAAAAAGCCAAAUUAAAUACUGAUGAACAAGUGACAACAGAUGCUGAACUUGAUAAUGAAAUAAUUCGUUUAGAUUAUCAUAUUGACAUAAAACCAAUAUCAUUUGUUUCUGAUGAAUUAGCAAACCUUGCGCAUGGUCAACCACGUACUAGUGCUCAUAAAAAAGCUGUAUUCAUCUCAUCAGAUUAUAUCUAUAAAGGUCCUUAUUUAUCGAAUUUACAAGGCGAUAGAAAAAGAUUAUUAUAUAAUCUAUAUUUUACUCGAGCUUUACUUGCACUUGAACAAUAUUUAAAAAUACCAGAAUAUAUGCAAUCUAUUAUAGACUGGGAGUCAGUAGUCAAAAUUGAUAAUACCAACGAGUAUUAUUUGAAACAAAAAUCUUUAGGAAACUCGUCUCUAUCCGAAAAUGAUCAUGAUAGAGUAACAACAAAAUUAGAAACUAAUGUUAAAAUACUUCGACGUGGUUCACAUAUUAAUCGUUUGAUUGAAUUAGAAAAAGAUGAAUCUAAUUUUCAAGAUGAUAAAAAACAAAUAUGUCAAGCAUGUUUACAACAUUUUUAUUUACGUUAUAUACUUAAUAUUGGAGAUUCUGGUACAUGGAAUAUACUUGUACGACGAGAUCGUAAUCAAGGAAUUUGUGGAAUUGAUUUUGAAGAAAUUAGAUCAGAAAAAUCAAAGAAAACUAAUGAUCCUUUAGCAAUACUGAUGAGUAAAAUAUCUAAACGACAACAAUAUCUUUAUGGACCAUGUAUCGAUGAUAUCAUAAUAUUCAAAAAUAAAAUUGAUUCAUCAAAUGAACUAGCGACAACAUUAUCAGUAUCGUUUAAAAUUGAUAUUGAAACGAUGAACGAACGUAUUGAAAAAUAUAAUAAUUGUAUUUUAAAGAAAAAAUGA